AUGCGUUUCUCCGCCAUUGUCCUCCCAGUCCUUGCUGGCCUCGCUGCCGCCCAAAACUCUGCCGCCUCUUCGCGAGCCUCCUCAGCGGCAAGUGCUGCCACCUCUGUCCAGGCCUCUGCAUCCGCGCAGGCUUCGUCCGCUGCUGCAUCUGCCUCGCGCGGAACUGCGUCAGGUGCUGCUUCAGCUAGCCGCUCCGCUAGUGCCAGUGCCCGUCCUACCAAGUCUGCCGGCACUGCUGAAGCUGUCGGUGUCAAGGGCCUCACGGGUGUUGUGAUGGGAAUGGCCUGGGCGGCUAAGUCCCAUCGUGCACAUUACGAUAUGUUUGAAUUUAGGUUCCAAUCAGGCCUUCAUGGCUCUAUCUGUAGGGAAUUUUAUGGAGUGUGCCGGUUUGGGAAAUUCAGGGCCGAUAGGGUGAUUCGAUUUGGAUCGAGGAUUAGUGGGACCUCUCAUACGUUAACCGCUUCGGCUUCUUCAUCACGCAAGCUUAGAGCCAUCACGGCUAGUCCUACAUAUGUUAGCGGUAUCACAGUAGCGGCGUUAGGGUUCGCUGCUUAA